AUGAAGAUGAUAAAUCUGCUCCAGACAUGCAUGAUCAUUUCUUUUGUUAUACUUGUAUCUGCAAUAGAGGAAGACCGAAAGGUUGCUAAAGAACAAGCAGAAAGGAGGAAAAUGGCUGAAUUGAUGUUUGAUUUGGGGCAAAGGGCUUAUGGAAAGGGUAUGUAUGGGCGUUCGAUUGAGUUCUUGGAAGGUGCUCUCACAAUCAUACCAAGGCCCACUUUGUUUGGUGGCGAGAUACAGAUAUGGCUUGCUAUGGCUUAUGAAGCUAAUAAUCGCCAUAAAGAUUGUAUUGAUCUUUACAAGAAGCUGGAGAGUAGUCAUCCAAGUGUGAGUAUUAGACGCCAAGCUAAAGAUCUGAGAUAUAUCUUGCAAGCUCCUAAGCUUAAGAUAUCACAGGAAGAAAUGGUUACAAUUCCACUUAUUGGUUCUAGCUAUGACAGCUAUGCGGUAACAUGGACGGAUAAAAAUAAAGAGAAAGAAGAAAGAAGCAACCGACUGACAAGUAAUCAAGUCUCAUCGGGCAGAGACUACCUUGGUGACUUUUUGGUAUGGCGACCGCCCGGUGAUUUGGUAAAAAACCAAGCCUUUUGGGCAGCUCUAGUAGUCUGGGUGGCGCUAGUCGGAGCUGCCCUAUAUCUCCAGUGAUGUAUGGAAAAUGCAUUGUGCAUUUUCUUGUUUGAAUAUAAUAUUUCUAUAGAAGAUUUGUAAUUCUGUCUUUUUAUUGUAUAUACGAAUGAAGAAUUGAAAUUGUAAUUAUUCUUGUGUUUAUGUAACUUAUUUUUAUCAAUGAUAAACAAAUGGUUUUUUGUCA